AUGGCGUCUGUCAUCACGAUUCACUUACACAUACGAUCGACCGGAUACCUCCUCGCGCUGACUUCUUUCACCCCGUUACUCCUUGGGUUUGAAUCACCUCAGGCGACAUCCGAUAAACUGUUAGGAGGAGCGAUGCUCUUCGUAGCCGCCUUCGUACUUGUGUACUACACGAUAUGGGCAUUAUUACUUCCCUUUAUCUCUUCCGACUCUACUCUCCACUCUCUCUUUCCAGCCAGAGAAUGGGCCAUCAAACUCCCCUUAUUCCUCUUAUUAUCCGGUAUAUCAGCUAUAGGACUAUUCUUUUCUAGAGUCGCGUUGAGCGAGGCGAGGAAGAAGGCGGCAAAGGGUGGUAAGAAGGUUUGA